AUGCAUAUAGGUGUAGUAAUAAUAAAUUUUGUUUCAGGAACCCUGCAAAUCAUUUCAAGUGAGGAAAAAGAUCAUGGCAAGUAUGAAUGUGUUGCUGAAAAUACAAUAGGAACGGAUUAUUCUAAGCAUUCUCUACUUUACGUUAAAGUACGUCGAGUGCCACCACAAUUCUCCAUUCCACCUCCCGCUGAAGCCCAAGUGAAAUUGGGAGAUUCUCUGAACCUCACCUGCGUAGCUGUGGGCUCCCCAAUGCCCUUUGUAAAAUGGCGCAAGGGGGCUACUCAAGAACUGACUCCUGAAGACAAGCUGCCCAUUGGAAAGAAUACCUUAGAGUUGCCCGAUAUCAGAGAAUCGGCGAAUUAUACGUGUGUGGCUGCAAGUGCUUUGGGGGUCAUCGAGGCUACCACCCAGGUCAAAGUUCAAUCCUUGCCUGGACCUCCAACAAAUGUCAAAGUCUCCGAAAUAACAGCAACAACAGUGAGACUAACCUGGUCAUAUAAUGGACCCGAUGAUCUGCAGUACUAUGUCAUCCAGUUCAAGCCCAAGUAUGCCAACCAGGCAUACAGUGAGAUCAGUGGCAUUAUUACCAUGUACUAUUCUGUCAGGAACCUGAGUCCAUACACUGAGUAUGAGAUGUAUGUUAUCGCUGUCAAUAAUAUUGGUAGGGGGCCACCAAGUGCACCAGUGUUUGUCACCACAGGUGAAACAGAACCUGGAAGUGCUCCAAGAAAUGUACAAGUCAGGCCACUCAGUUCCAGCACUAUGGUUAUCCAGUGGGAUGAGCCAGAAACUCCCAAUGGACAAGUUACUGGUUACAAGGUGUACUAUACAACCAAUGCCCAACAACCGAUGUCUCAAUGGGAAUCUCAGGUGGUUGACAAUAAUUUAUUGACAACAAUUAGUGAACUGACACCACAUACAAUAUACACAAUACGAGUUCAAGCCCAUACAUCUGUCGGGCCAGGUCCUCUCAGUGCUCCUGUACACGUCAAAACACAACAAGGCGUACCUAGCCAGCCUAGCAACCUGAGAGCGACAGACAUUGGCGAGGGCACAGUCACCUUACAAUGGAGCAAACCAACUCACUCCGGCGAAAACAUAGUCAGUUACGAACUGUAUUGGAACGACACGUACGCUAAAGACAAGCACCAUCUGCGCAUCCCAAUUUCGGAGUCGUACACCUUGACGGGGCUGUAUCCGAACACCCUGUAUUACGUAUGGUUAGCUGCUAGGUCGCAGAGAGGAGAAGGAGCCACCACGCCUCCAAUACCAGUGAGGACGAAACAGUAUGUCCCGGGCGCUCCCCCGGCCAACGUGAUCGGCGAGGCGGUAAGUCCGACCGCCAUCCGGGUCACGUGGGACCCGCCUCCUGCGAAUCGCAGCAACGGGCGCAUCGUCUACUACAAACUGCAGUACGUCGAGGCAGACAAGUCGGACAGCGAAGCGUCGGUGGUCAAACUGAACGACACCAAGUUCGUUUUGGACGAGCUGAAGAGGUGGACCACAUAUAGGAUAUGGGCACUAGCCGGUACUUCGGUCGGAGACGGACCUAGUUCCUAUCCGAUCACGGUGCGAACGCACGAAGACGUGCCCGGGGAUCCGCAAGACGUUAAGGUAACGCCUUUGAAUUCAACGACGAUCAAAGUGAACUGGAAACCACCUCAAAGUAGGAAUAGAAAUGGGAUCAUCCUUGGGUAUCAUGUACACGUCCAAGAAACUAAAGAAGAGGGCAAAAGCUACUUGAACGAACCGAUGAAAUUCGAUGUCGUGGGUGAUUCUACAAUGGAACUGAACGUUUCUGGACUUCAGCCAGACACUUUUUAUACGGUUCAGGUAGCUGCUUUGACAAGAAAAGGUGAUGGAGAUAGAAGUGCACCGGUGACUGUCAGAACGCCGGGUGGUGUGCCAAAUAGACCUAACUUGGUUUUGAAGGUUAUGGAAAGAGAACCAACAGUUACGAUAGAAUUGGAAUGGUCCCGACCAUCACAAACAUAUGGGGAACUAAAAGGAUACCGGCUACGAUAUGGAGUUAAAGAUCAACUCUUGAAGGAUGUCGUAUUAAAAGGUACAACUCACACGAGUUAUAGGAUAAACGACCUGGAACGUGGCGUUGAGUACGAAUUUAGGGUUGCCGGCCAAAAUCACAUUGGUAUUGGUCAAGAGGCCAUCAAGUAUAUGCACACUCCUGAAGGACCUCCAACAGGACCCCCAACUAACAUCAGUUACCACUUCCAGACGCCAGAUGUCGUUUGUGUCACUUGGAGUCCCCCACUUAGAGAGCACAGGAAUGGCCAGAUUACAAAGUACGACAUCCAAUUUCACAAGAAGUCCGAUCAUAGCAACAUAAUCGUAAGGAACGUCUCAACAACUAAGGCUGUGUUCACAAACUUGGAGGAAGAUACAGAGUAUGUGUUCCAUGUUAAGGCGUAUACUAGCGUUGGAGCUGGGCCGAAUAGUGAAAAAGUGACCUUCCAUACUGAUAGGGAUAUAGGAAGGGCACCCAUGUCUGUAAAGGCCGUGGCAACGUCAGAAUCGAGCGUGGAAGUAUGGUGGGAGCCCGUACCUUCGAGAGGAAAAGUGAUUGGAUACAAGAUUUUCUAUACGAUGACAGCCGUUGAAGAUUUGGACGAAUGGCAGCAGAAAACGGUGGGUCUGACGGAGUCAGCACAUUUGGUGAAUUUGGAGAAAUUUGCUCAAUAUGCCAUUGCUGUGGCAGCUAGGAUGAAGAAUGGAUUAGGACGUCUUUCUGAAAAGGUGACAGUAAAAGUGAAACCCGAAGACGUUCCGCUAAACCUUCGCGCCCAUGACGUCACCACCCACUCGAUGACACUUUCGUGGUCUCCUCCAAUCAGACUGAACCCUGUGAAGUACAAAAUCGCCUAUGAUGCCAUCAAGGAGUUCGUCGAUUCCCAGGGCAUCACCCAAACGCAGAUCAUCCCCAAGUUGGAGAUUGCGUUGAGUAGCGAUGUGAGGUCGUACACAAUCAAUGAGUUGUCACCGUUCACGACGUACAGUGUCAAUGUCAGUGCUGUGCCGGCUGAUAAUUCGUACUUGCCGCCUACUAAGGUGACGGUUACGACGCAGAUGGCUGCUCCCCAGCCUAUGGUGAAACCAGACUUCUACGGCGUGGUGAACGGCGAAGAAAUCCACGUGAUUCUGCCGCAAGCAUCUGAAGAAUACGGACCAAUUAGCCAUUACUUCCUAGUGGUAGUGCCAGAAGACAAAAAGACAAUCCAAAAGAACCCCGAUCAAUUUUUAACCGACGAACUGAUCACUAACGUAGAUAAGGUUAAGGAUAACUCCAACUUGCCUUACAUUGCAGCCAAGUUUCCUCAGAGGAAUAUUCCAUAUACUUAUCAUUUAGGUACUGGAGAAGUGAAUGACGGUUUUAUAAACCACAAACUACAACACGGCAAAAGGUACCGAAUUUUCGUUCGAGCUGUAGUAGAUACGCCUCAGAAACAUUUAUACACCAGCAGUCCAUUUUCUGAGUUCCUGUCGCUGGAUAUGCGAGAAGUACCACCUGGAGAACCACCAUCCAGGCCGGAUCCUAAUACGCCAUCUGUCGAUGUUAGCAAGGUGAGCUCCCAGAAGAAAGACGCAGGCGUCUUUUGGAUAAUUGGACCCAUAAUAGCAGCGCUUCUGUUAUCGAUAAUUUUAGUGAUAUUGUUCAUACUGCGUAAGCGAAGACAACCAUGUAAGACGCCUGAUCAGACAGCUGUUACCCGUCCUUUGAUUCAAGCGGAUCUCAAUAGCAGUAUUGCUCCUAGCGAUCCGGUUGAGAUUAGAAGGUUGAACUUUCAAACUCCCGCGAUGAUCUCGCAUCCACCUAUCCCGAUCUCCGAACUAGCAGCUCACAUCGAACAGCUGAAAGCGAACGACAAUCUCAAAUUUUCUCAAGAAUACGAGAGCAUCGAACCCGGCCAAACGUUCACUUGGGACCAUUCAAAUAUGGAUGUGAACAAACCAAAGAACAGAUAUGCGAAUGUUAUAGCGUACGAUCAUAGUCGAGUGAUACUGCCUAGCGAGAAUGGGGUGCUAGGCACGGAUUAUAUAAAUGCGAAUUAUUGUGAUGGAUAUAGGAAACAUAAUGCGUAUGUGGCUACCCAGGGACCUUUGCAGGAAACCUUUGCCGACUUUUGGCGCAUGUGCUGGGAGUUAAAAUCCUCCACGAUUGUAAUGAUGACCAAACUGGAAGAACGCACCCGCAUCAAAUGUGAUCAAUACUGGCCAACACGUGGUUCGGAAACCUACGGCGCGAUGAGCGUGACCAUCACUGAUGUCCAGGAGUUGGCUACAUACUGUAUCAGGACCUUCCAGAUCCAUAAGGAAGGCCACAGUGAAAGGAGGGAAGUUAAACAGUUGCAGUUCACGGCGUGGCCCGAUCACGGAGUGCCUGAUCAUCCGGCACCUUUCUUACAAUUUCUGAGGAGGGUCAGGAGUUUGAAUCCGCCUGAGGCAGGGCCGAUUAUCGUGCAUUGUUCGGCCGGUGUUGGAAGGACAGGUUGUUUCAUCGUGAUCGACUCGAUGUUGGAGCGCAUGCGUCACGAAAAGACGGUGGACAUUUACGGCCACGUGACAUGCCUGCGCGCGCAACGCAACUAUAUGGUGCAGACGGAAGAUCAGUACAUCUUCAUACAUGAUUCAUUGUUAGAGGCGUACGUGUGUGGACAAACUGAAGUGCCGGCAAGGAACCUGCACGCGCAUAUACAGAGGUUGAUGCAACUUGAGCCGGGCGAAAAUGCGUCUGGCAUGGAGCAUGAGUUCAAGAGGCUCAGUAAGAUUAAGACUGACUCAACGAGGUUCGCUACAGCUAACCUACCAUGUAACAAGCACAAAAAUAGAUUGGUACAUAUCUUGCCAUUCGAGAGCACAAGGGUGUGCCUGACGCCCAUGCGAGGCGUAGAAGGGUCCGAUUACAUAAACGCCAGUUUUAUCGAUGGUUAUCGGUAUAGAAAGGCUUACAUUGCCACACAAGGACCAAUGGCUGAUACCACAGAUGAUCUGUGGAGAAUGCUGUGGGAGCACAAUUCUACUAUUGUUGUUAUGUUGACUAAGUUGAAGGAAAUGGGAAGGGAAAAGUGCCAUCAGUACUGGCCCAGCGAACGGUCUGUCCGCUACCAAUGCUUCGUGGUAGACCCAAUAGCCGAAUACAACAUGCCACAGUAUAUCCUGCGUGAGUUUAAAGUAACGGACGCCAGAGACGGGUCAUCGAGGACGAUCAGGCAGUUCCAGUUUACGGAUUGGCCGGAACAGGGAGUGCCUAAAUCUGGGGAAGGGUUCAUCGAUUUCAUUGGACAGGUGCAUAAGACCAAGGAGCAGUUUGGGCAGGAUGGACCCAUUACAGUGCAUUGCAGUGCUGGUGUGGGUAGAACAGGUGUAUUUAUAACGUUGAGUAUAGUGCUAGAGAGGAUGCAGUAUGAAGGGGUAGUCGACGUAUUCCAAACAACUAGGAUCUUACGGACUCAAAGGCCAGCGAUGGUACAGACUGAGGAUCAGUACCAGUUCUGCUACAGAGCCGCGUUGGAAUACCUUGGCUCCUUCGACCACUACGCCACUUAAAUCAGUGCCCUGCAACCCCUAAAAUGUCCUUCACACCCCCUCCCACGCCACACAAUGUUAAAUGAGCAGACAAUAAACUGCCCAUAUGUAUAUCACUAGUAAGGAAAUUUACCCCUAUAAGUUAUCAAGAUUUAUGCAUAUUGCAUACACUAUCAUCGUAUUGUUACUGCCAAAAUGGACUACUACCGUUCAAGCUGUAUAUCUAUCUGAAAACAUGGUGAAACUUGAGAUUAACCACAUGUUGAGUAGUAAAAAAUAGAAGAGCAAGAGGGUUAAUUUAGGCAUAAUCAUAUGCUAAUCGUCAAAUAGUUAGAAACAGUGAUUCUUCUUAUACUUCUGUAUUCAGGUAAAAGGCAGUAAAGUGUAUAAAUCGAAGUCUGAGAAAAUUCCGUAUACAAUUCUGGAUUUUAUUCGAACUAGAUAAAUAAUAUUAUUACAGCAAAAUUGAAUGAUUAUUGCAAAGUUACAUGACUUCUUAGAGAGUCGUUUAAAAGUGAUUUCAGAGGAUAAUUUAUUUAUUUAUUUAUAUAAUUUUUUUCGUAGUUUUCAUAUUCUUUCAAAGGAAAAACGCCGUAAAUGCAGAAUUUUAUUUUAAUUUAAUGUAAUUUAUUCAUAUUGAAAUUCACAUAAAUAGCAC